UAUUUUCUUUUUAAAUGUUAUAAGUAGAGAAAUAUUUGUAUUAGCAUUUAAUAUAUAGUAUAGUAAAACUUGACAUACUCAGUUUUCGUGACGUUAAGUUCAGUUAAGCUUCAUUGUCAAUUGGAAAUUGUAAUGCAAUAGUAAUGAUUGGUUACGGCCGUUACGGGAACCGCUGGCUCCUAAGGAAGCGUCUGCUUAGUUAACAGUUUAUACGAGCGACAAAGAAUAAGUUUGUGUUUAUCUUGAGUUACAGACAACGUAAAUCUGAUUCAACAGAUAAAAAUUGCAUAAAUUGUAUAAGGAGCGGAUCGAUCGUUCGUCAUGAAUAGAAAUUGACAUACGACGCGGAAGGUGCUCCUCGUAAUGUCCAUAAUUUAACCCCUUAACGUACAAAUUUUCUUCCGUUUACCCAUAGAAAAUGAGUAAAUCUUUUUAUAAUCAAAAUGAGUAUAAUAUAUUUUUUAUAAGAUAUAUAUUUUCUUAUGAGAUAUCGUAGCUUGAAUCCGUAAGGAUCAAUGACUAAAAUAAGCAAUUUGGCAAACGACGGACGUAUCGGCUAUGCCCGUAUAUGUCACGGCCGUGCGCUUUAAGUAAUUAAAGAUCUUUUUACAAUUGUUAGGAUGGCUAUUAUCAGUUUAAUAAUUAUUCUGAUUGCAUGCUUUUUCAAACUUGUCCUCCUCUCUAAUGGAUCGCCAACUCUUCUCUUUGUCACACAAAAAGAUAUUAGAAUGGCCAAUGCCUCUCGUACUAAUAAAGUAACUACUAUUAUAAAAGAUCUGUCUGAAGGUGCAGCAUUAGAUUUUUAUUUUGAACGUGAACUAGUGUGUUGGUCUGAUAGUGGUUUAGAAAUAAUUCAGUGCAUUCAAACAAAUGGCACUCAUACUGGCGAAAAAACGAUUGUAGUAAAUUCCAGUUUAAUUUCUCCUGAUGGUUUAGCUUGUGACUGGUACACAGGAAAAUUAUAUUGGACAGAUGGAGAAAAGAAUAGGAUAGAAGUAACCAGUAUUGAUGGACGUCACAGAAAAGUCCUUUUUUGGACAGACAUUUAUCAGCCAAGAGCUAUUGCUCUUGUACCAAUGAAAAGUAUAUUAUUUUGGACUGAUUGGGGUGAUGUACCUAAAAUAGAAAGAGCUGCAAUGAAUGGAGAUCCAUCAACAAGAGAAGUGAUAAUUUCUGAUGAUAUAUUUUGGCCGAACGGUUUAACAGUGGAUUAUGAAAAUGAAUUGAUUUAUUGGGUAGAUGGAAGACUUAAAUUUAUUGCAGUGAUGGAUUAUUAUGGAAAAAAUAGAAGAAAAGUCAUAGAAAAAGGGUUAGAUUAUCCGUUUGCAGUGACAUUUUUCGAUCACAAAUUAUAUUGGACUGAUUGGAAAACAUGGUGUGUACAUUCAUACGAUGUUCGUCAAACUCAAGCACUUCCUAGAGAAUUGUUACAUGGAGAAUAUAUACCUGGUGACAUAGAAGUUUGGGAUGUUAGAAGACAACCAUAUGGGAGCCAUCCUUGUGAGAGAAAUAAUGGAAAUUGUUCACAUUUGUGUCUCUUAAGUAUGACAGAACCUGGAUAUAGCUGUGCAUGUCCUACAGGUGUGAAAUUAGUGGAUAAUUUGACUUGUGCACAAGGACCAGAAGAAUUGUUAUUAAUAGUUCAAAGAAAUGAAAUCUGUCGGAUUUCUUUAGAUUCACCAGAUUAUACUAAUUUUGUAUUACCAUUAACAGGAAUUAAACAUGCGAUAGCAAUAGAUUUUGAUCCUGUGCAAGAAAUGCUUUACUGGACAGAUGAAGAAGCUCGUGCAAUUCGUAGAGCUUCACUUGAUGGUUCCAAUCAAGAAAAUAUUAUAAUAACAGAAGUGGAAAAUCCUGAUGGAAUAGCUGUUGAUUGGUUAGCACGGAAUCUUUAUUGGACUGACACGGGAACAGAUCGAAUUGAAGUAGCCCGGUUAAAUGGUACAAGUAGAAAAGUAUUAAUAAAUGAAGAUUUAAUUGAACCCAGAGCAAUUGCUUUAGCUCCAGAAUUAGGAUGGAUGUUUUGGACAGAUUGGAAUGAAAAACGUCCAAAAAUAGAGCGAAGUAAUCUGGAUGGCACAGAACGUAUUCUUUUAGUAAAUAAGGAUAUUGUUUGGCCAAAUGGAAUUGCUCUAGAUCUUGCACGAUGGAAAAUAUAUUGGUGCGAUGCAAAAACAGAUAAGAUUGAAGUGUGUAACAUGGAUGGUACAGAUAGAAGAGAAGUAAUUACAGAUAAUCUUCCACAUCUUUUUGGAUUAAGUUUAUUAGGAGAUUAUCUGUAUUGGACUGACUGGCAAAGACGAAGUGUGGAUAGAGCACAUAAACUCACAGGUGGUGAAAGAGAAGUUAUUGUUGAUCAAGUUCCAAAUGUCAUGGGUUUAAAAGCAGUGCAUUUAGGAAAAGUUAAUGGUACAAAUCCUUGCGUAAAAAGUAAUGGUGGUUGUAGUCAUUUGUGUUUAAAUCGACCAGGAAAUAAGUAUGUGUGCGCAUGUCAAAUUGGAUAUGAGUUAACUAAAGAUAAAAAGACUUGUGUUGUGCCAGAUGCAUUUAUGUUAUUUGCUAGGAAAGAAAAUAUUGGAAGAAUUAGCAUUGAAAAUGCAAAUAAUGAUAAUAUUAUUCCAUUAACUGGAGUUAAAGAUGCAAGCGCCUUGGACUUUAAUAUAGCAGACAAUCGUAUUUAUUGGACGGAUGUUAAAUUAAAAACAAUCACAAGAGCUUUUAUAAAUGGAUCUGACAUAGAAAGAGUCGUUGAUCUUGGUUUAGAAACACCUGAAGGUUUAGCAAUUGAUUGGAUUGCUCAUAAUUUAUACUGGAGUGAUACAGGAACACGAAGAAUAGAAAUGGUUCGAUUAGAAGGUUGUAGUAGAAAAGUCCUCAUUUGGAGUAACAUUUUUGAACCUAGAUGUUUAGCUCUUGAUCCUAGCAGAGGCCAUAUAUAUUGGACAGAAUGGGGAAAUUCUGGAAGUAUAGAAAGAUCAUAUUUAGAUGGCACGCAUCGUGAAAUAAUACUUUCCAAUAUUAGAAAAGCAAACGGUCUAACAAUUGACCAUUCAGCACGAAAAUUAUAUUGGGCAGAUUUAUAUACUCCAGCUAUUGAUAGCUUUGAUCUGCUUACAAGAAAAAGAGUAGCAAUUAUAACAGAAAAUAUUGUAUAUCCAUUUAGUAUUACUCAGUAUCAAGAUUACAUUUAUUGGACAGAUUGGAAUACAGGUGACAUAGAGAAAGCUAAUAAGACUACCGGAUUAAGCAGAGUGAAGAUACAUAAUAAGUUAGAAUCUGUAACAGAUUUAUUGGUUUUCCAUGCUUCUAGACAAGCAGGAUGGAAUCCCUGUGCAUUAAAAAAUGGCAACUGCACUCAUCUUUGUAUCGCUUUACCCGGAGAUAAUGAAAGCAUGUCAAAUUCUUUCAAAUGUGGUUGUCCUACUCAUUACAAUUUAUCAGAGGAUAAUAAAACUUGCAUUGCACCAAAAAACUUUAUGAUGUAUAGUUUACGCAAUGCAAUGUUUCGCUUUCUUCCUGAUACAAAUGAUUGUCCAGAUGUAGUUCUCCGAAUACAAGGUUUGAAGCAUGUACGAUCUAUAGAAUUUGAUCCUAUAACUCAACACAUUUAUUGGAUAGAUGGACGAACUUUGUCUAUUAGGAGAACUUUGGAAAAUAAAACACAUUCCAGUAUAAUGAUUUCUGGAAAUUCUGGACAUCCAGUGGAUCUUGCUUUAGAUUCACUGGGAAGGUUGCUAUUCUGGUCAUGUGCCAUAAAUGAUGCGAUCAAUGUUACAAAACUUGACAAUGGUUCCGCUCUAGGUGUUGUAGUCAAAGGUGAUGGAGAGAAACCAAGAAAUAUUGCGAUACAUUCAGAAAAAAGAUUACUUUUUUGGACAGAUAUUGGAAGAAAAAUGAGAGUAAUGCGCAGUAAAAUGGAUGGAAAAGAGAGAAUUGUAGUAGCGACUGAUCUAGAACAACCAACAAGUAUUGCAGUAGAUGCAAUUUCAAGCAUUGUAUAUUGGGCACAUGGAAAUCAGAUUGAAUGUGCGGAUUUUGAUGGGAACAAUAGAAGAAUUCUGGUUUCUCCCGUUGGACAAGGCUCAACUGUUUAUUUGUCUAUCUUUUUUGAUUUUAUUUAUUGGUUUGAUAGGGAAACAUCAAGUUUAGAACGUAUUAAUAAAUCUGGAAAUGGAAGAAAAACAAUCAUGAAUAAAGUACUUACAGAUUUAAUUGCAAUAAAUACUCCACAAGAUGAUGUAAUGAAAACACAUAUUUGUAGUCCUUUUCGGGAGUAUGGAGGAUGUUCACAUUUUUGUAUAGGAAUCACUUCUUCUAGAUGUUCUUGUCCAAAAUCUUUGGUUUUAUCUGAAGAUGAAAAAACUUGUAGAGCUGCGCCAGCCUGUGGAACGGAUCAUUUUACUUGUGCUGCACCUAGUUCUGCAGUAACAAAAGAUUGUAUACCUGCUACAUGGAAAUGCGAUGGCCAAACCGACUGUCCUGAUGGAAGUGAUGAAUUAGGUUGUCCAGCUUGUAGUCGUGAGCAAUUUAAAUGUCAAAGUGGCCAUUGCAUUGACAUGUCCUGGGUGUGCGAUGGAACAGCUCAAUGCCAUGAUGGCCUAGACGAAGCUCAUUGUUGCCGUCCAGGUCAAUUUCAGUGUAUUGGAAGUGGUGUUUGUAUUUCUGGUUCAGCGCUUUGUGAUGGUUGGGACGACUGUGCGGACGGAAGCGAUGAACUGGCAUCUGCAUGCACACCUGCAAACAAUCCUCGACAAGAAAAUAAUUCAUUAGAAUCUGGAAAAAUCACUUAUGUUAUUAUUGUACCUAUUGGACUGAUUGCAACAAUUGCUACAAUUGCUUUCGGAUUUUAUUAUUGUAGAAGAAAAUUCAUAAACAAUGAAGAAUUGCCUGAUAUUUUACAUGAUUCAGCUGGAGAUCCAUUAUCACCCAAACCAGUAAGAUUAGCAAAACCAAUGUUCGCGCAAAAAAAUUGUAGGAAAGAUUUGAAAAUUGGAAUGGAAACUGUAAGAAUGUCAAUGUUAAAUGGAAGCAGUAUAGGAUCAAGUUACGACCGCAGCCAUAUAACCGGAGCUUCCAGUUCAACUCGAGGUAGUUCCACAGGAGGUUACCCACAAGAAACAUUGAAUCCUCCUCCGAGUCCAGCAACAACAGCCAAUUCUACUAGAUGCUCAAGCAGUAAUGCAUCUAGGUAUAAACCUUAUAGGCAUUAUAGGAGCAUAAAUCAGCCUCCACCUCCAACUCCUUGCAGUACAGAUGUUUGCGACGAAUCAGACAGCAAUUACCCAGCAAGAUACAGAUAUGAAAGUGAACCCUAUCCUCCACCUCCUACUCCAAGAUCUGUUUACCAAAGUGAUGCUGCAAUUAGUUGUCCUCCCUCUCCUAGUUCACGAUCUUCUACGUAUUUUAGUCCACUUCCUCCACCUCCUUCCCCUGUUCCUUGAAUAUAUUAAAAAUUGUUUAUAUUCUAU